UCCUGCUAAUGUCGACACCUUUGCCUGUAAGGUAGUCUGGGGUACACUUGUGGAAAGUUAUUGCUCAGCUCAGCUUUCCACCAUGAUGUCACUACCUUCUUAAACACACAUUGAAACAGGUUGUGAAGAAGGGUAAAUAUAGCUCUCUGUGGCACCCGGGCUGGUCCGGACAUGCGCUAACUGCCACAUCCAGAGCACACUGAGUCUGCUUCCAGCACUGACACAGUUUGUGAGCCCAUGAGGGAGUCUUAGAUAGAGUUUCUCCCAGGCCUUCAGUGUUAUUAAUAAACACAAAAUGUGCCUCCGUUUUCCUGGAGACAGACACUGCAGACCUCUUCCUAAAUGAAAACCGUGCUAACACAGUAACUGCCUGAACAUUUAGUCGGACUGCCAGUUAACAUUCUCUCAUGGAUGAUCAAAGCUCAGUACAGGAUGGAAACUUCAUGUUAUCUACUGAUGACUCACAUGUGCAACUGAGAUUUUCUGAAGAUAUCUCACCGAGCAACCGCACAGACUCUGAAACACUAGGUAGAUUUGCUCAAGAUCCUAUUCUACGCUCAGAACAGGUGGACAUGGAGAGCUUGGGUGAACUCUUUGAGCACUGCAUACAGCGAGUAUCCCAUCUAGAGAGGCAAAGAGAUGUGCUGAUACAGGAGCUUCUGGUUCUACGGGAACCUAUGCUGCAAGUUGUGGGGCACUUGAGAGCGAAGCUGGAGGGAACACGCAGGCUUCUCGCUCUGGCUCAGCUGGAUUAUAUUACGGUUUGUGAGGAUGUGCAACAGGUAAAGAGGAAACUGUUCACCACAACCAGAGACUGCAUCCAGAGCCAGGUGAAGCUAGCCGAGCAGGAGUACGAGGUGGCUCAGUCUGCUGUUACUCAGGAAGAACUCAAGGCUCAAAUUCAAAGUCUGACCCAGGAGUUGGUGCAGCUGGAGGACGCCCACCAGAACCAGCUCAAUUCCCUCCCUGAUCAGGCCACUAAGCCUUGCAGGCCCAGGGCCAUGAGUGACAUCAGCCAGUGUCGCCAGGCCUCCAUCAGACUGCAGCGAAGGCUCAGUGGCAGUGUGAAGAUGUUGGAAGGCUGGUACGAGCCUCGCCUCAUGGUUCUGCUGAAGAGAAGGCAGGUUGGGGAGGAAGCUUUGAGAAAAACCAGGGAGCAGGCAGUGGACCUGAGAGCCGGGCUGAAGCCUCUGAGAGAGGAGAUACAGAGGCUGGAGGUGCAGAGAUCAUGUCUGAAACAGAGGAUCACUCUUUUGGAGACAGAGCGGCAGGAGAGCACUGCACAACAUAAGAAGACUGUGGAGAAACUAAGAAAGACUCUGAGAGAACUAGAAGUGGAGUUUGAGGUUCAGAGAAAAUCGAAGAAAGGCUUGGAAGAUCUUAAAGAUGGCCUUUUAGCAGAGCUGACAUUUCUGAGGUGGGUUUAUCCCAAUCAUUUCUGCUUUAACUUAGUAAAAGUCAAGAUAAUAAAUGAAUAAUAAACUUAUUUUCUUAUAGGGGUUGUGAACUCAGUGACAUUACAGAGGAAGAGUCAUAAGUUUCAAUUUCCCGAGACAUCAGACAUGAGACCAAAUCACAACGCUGACAUUAUGGUAAAUGGACUGGUUCUUUUAUAGCGCUUUUCUACUCAUCUGAGCACUCAAAGCGCUUUACACAACUUGUGCAUUCACACCCAUUUGCACAAGCACAUCUUUCUAAGUGCUUCAUAGCUAACAUUUACACACAUUCAUACUCCGAUGGAUCGGAGAGCAAUUUGGGGUUAGUAUCUUGCCCAAGGAUAUUUGGCAUGUAGGCUAGGGGAAGCCAGGAAUCGAACCACCAACCUUCCGAUCAGUGGAUGACCUGCUCAUGUAAUGGGUGAGCUACAGCCACCCCAUUACAUGUUU